AUGCUCGCCCUGGGCGACCCCCGCCGGAUCACCAACCGCAUGAUCUUCGCCUCGCCCGCCGUCCAGCACCUCCUGCCCGCGAUGAACGGCCAGAAGGACGUGGACACGAUCGUCGCCGAGAUCGGCCGGGGCCUCACCCGCGAGACGCUCGAGCAGCUCAUCAGCCAGCUCGACACCGCCGGCCUGCUCGAGGGCCCGAACUUCGACAAGAUCGUCGAGGAGAUGAAAGCGGAGUUCGACAAGACGGAGAACCUCCCGCCCGCGUCCACCGCGAUGUUCGCCGACGCGCUUGUUGCGCAGGCGGUCGGCGAGGGCGUGACCGAGGCGCAGAAGAAGGAGCAGGGGGGCGAGAAGCUCGCCGAGGCCUUCGAGGCCUGGAUCGCCCAGUCGCUCAAGCCCGUCGAGGACCCGAGCUUCGACAAGCUCCCCCGCGCCAUCUUCGUCCCGCACCUGGACUACCCCCGCGGGUGGCACAACUACUCCCAGGCGUACGGCCGCCUCCGCGUGGUCGACCGCCCGACGCGCAUCGUCAUCCUGGGCACGAAUCACUUCGGCAUGGGCACGGGCGUCGUCGGCUGCGACAAGGGCUACGAGACCCCCCUCGGCGCUUGCCCGCUCGACGAGGACUUCCUCGUCCUGCUCAAGGGCAAGCUCGGCGAUGAGAACUCCGAGAAAUUCCUCGCCAACCGCUACGACCACGAGCGCGAGCACUCCAUCGAGCUGCACAUCCCGUGGAUCCAGCACAUUUUCGGCGCGGACGCCUCCGGCAACCACAUCCCCGUCUUCUCCGCGCUCGUGCACGACCCGAUGCGCAACAACGGCGAGUCGUACGACGGCUCAGGCCUCGCGCUGGAGCCCUUCGUCGAAGCGCUCCGCGAGACCAUCGCCGAGUCCGACGGCAACACCCUCAUCGUCGCGAGCGCCGACCUCUCGCACGUCGGCCCCGCCUUCGGCGAUCAGGUCAAGAUCUCCGCGAAGGACGAGGACGAGAACGCCAAGGAGUUCCGCGACAAGGUCAUCAAGCACGACCAGGACAUGCUCAAGCUCGUCGCCGAGGGCAAGGGCCCCGAGCUCGUCAGCUCGCUCGCCUGGCAGCAGAACCCCACCCGCUGGUGCUCCGUCGGCAACAUCGUCGCCACGAUCAUGGCCACCGAGGCCGAGCAGGUCCGCCUGCUCUCCUACGCCGGCGCCGGCGACCAGAACUCCGGCUCGAUGGUCACCUCCUUCGCGGGCGUCAUCGCCCAGCCCGCGAAGAUCCGCGCCGGCGGCGCGCCCGUCGCCAUCGCCUCCGGCAACGGCCGGAGCGCCACCAAACGCGCCUACGAGCUGCUCCGCGAGGGCGCGGACACGCUCGACGCCAUCGUCGCCGGCGUGAAGAUCGUCGAGGACGACCCGAACGACAUGACCGUCGGCUACGGCGGUCUGCCCAACGAGGACUGCGUCGUCCAGCUCGACUCCUCCGUCAUGCACGGCCCCACGCACCGCGCGGGCGCCGUCGCGUGCCUGGAGAACAUCAAGAACCCCGCCGCCGUGGCGCGCGAGGUCGCGCGGCGCACCGACCACUGCAUCAUCGUCGGCGCCGGUGCGCUCCAAUUCGCCAAGCAGCUCGGCUUCAAGGAAGAGAACCUGCUCACCGAGAAGGCCCGCCAGGCGUGGCUCCGCUGGCGCACUCGCCUCAACAAGGACGACGACUGGCUCGACGACGACCAGCUCGACAUCCCCCUCGAGCCGGGCCAGGAGAUCAGCUUCGACGCCAACGGCGUCCCGCACACCUACGGCACCAUCCACUGCUCCGCGCUGGACGCCAACGGCGACCUCUCGGGCUGCACCACGACCUCCGGCCUCUCCUGGAAGAUCCCCGGCCGCAUCGGGGACUCGCCCAUCAUCGGCGCGGGCUGCUACACGGACAACGCCGUCGGCAGCGCCGGCGCGACCGGCCGGGGAGAAGCCGUCAUCCAGGUCUGCGGCGCGCACUCGGUCGUGUCGCGCAUGGAAGCGGGGGACACGCCCGAGGAGGCGUGCCUCCACGUCCUCAAGAAGAUCGCGGACAAAACCAAAGUCAAGCGUCUGCAAAACGCGCACGGAGAGCCGAACUUCAACGUCACCCUCUACGCCCUGCGCAAAGACGGGAUGUUCGGCAGCGCCUGCCUCCGCAAGGGCGGCUCGUUCGCCGUGACCGACGCCGAGGGCACGCGCCGGAUCACGCUCCUCCCAGACUUCGGCGAAGCGGGUCAGGCGAAACUCGCGGGCGCGCACGCCGCGAUCGUCGGCGUCGGCGCGCUGGGCACGACCAGCGCCCAGCUCCUCGCCCGCGCGGGCGUCGGCCGCGUCACCGUCAUCGACCGCGACGUCGUCGAGCCGACCAACCUCCAGCGCCAGACGCUCUACACCGAGGCCGACGCGACCCAGGGUGUGCCGAAGGCCAUCGCCGCGGAGCGCGCCCUCCGCGCGAUGAACUCCGAGAUCGAGAUCGUCGCGCACGCCGCGGACUUCACCAGCGCCAACGCCGCGAAGCUCCUCGGCUUCGGGUCGGAUGCGCCGCCGCACGUCCUUAUCGACGGCACGGACAAUCUCCACACCCGCUACCUGCUCAACGACCUCGCGAUCCGCGAGGACGUCCCGUACGCCUACGCCGGCGCGGUGGGCACGAAGGGGAUGCUCCUGACCGUCCUCCCGGGCGAGACGCCCUGCCUGCGCUGCCUCUUCCCCGACCUGCCCGACCCCGGGACCGUCGCCACCUGCGACACCGCCGGCGUGCUCGGGCCGCUCGUGGCCGCCGUCGCCUCCCUCCAGGCGGCCGAGGCGCUGAAGAUCCUGCUGGGACGAACCGACCUCGUCGCGCGCACGAUGCGGUCGUUCGAUCCCUGGGAGAACACGUGGCGCGAGAUCGAUCUCUCGUCCUCCCGCGACCCCGCGUGCCCGUGCUGCAGUUUGCGGAAAUUCGAGUUCGCGGACGGUGCCGUUGAAAUCCCCGGAGCGAAGCUCUGCGGGCGCAACGCCGUGCAGAUCGCCCCGCCAACGGUCGGCCGAUCGAUCGAUCUCUCGGUGAUGGAAUCCAAACUCCGCCCGCUGGGCGAGGUGACGGCGAACGCGUUCCUGCUCCGCUGCGCCCUCCGCGACGAGCCCCUCGAGCUCACCCUCUUCCCGGACGGACGCGCGAUCAUCGCCGGGACCGAGGACGAAUCCCGGGCCCGCUCGGUCUACGCGAAGUACGUCGGACUAGCACCUCAAGCUAGCGCGUCUACCAAUUCCGCCACCCGAGCAGGGUGUUUCCGGCCGCGUCGCCUGGGGUGCGUCUGGGCCGAGACGCGGAAACGUAGCAGAUGCUCCGCCCGAUUUCCAGCCCGCACAGUCUCAAGCCCGCUCCGGCCCGCUAUCCUCCCCCCGAUGCCCCCGAACGCGACCGAACCCCCGCGCGACGCCGUCGUCCUGCUCUCCGGCGGCCUCGACUCCGCCACCUGCCUCGCCAUCGCCCGCGAACGCGGCCGGCGCGUCCACUGCCUCAGUUUCAACUACGGCCAGCGCCACACCUUCGAGCUCGAGGCCGCCAGACGCAUCGCCCUCCACCUCGGCGCCGAAAGCCACCAGACCGCCACGAUCGACCUCCGCGCCUUCGGCGGCUCGGCCCUCACGAGCGACACGCUCGACGUCCCCAAGGACCGCGAGCCGGCGGACGACAUCCCCAUCACCUACGUCCCCGCGCGCAACACCAUCUUCCUCGCCUACGCCCUCGCCCUCGCGGAAGUCACGGACGCCGCGGAGAUCUACAUCGGCGUCAACGCGAUCGACUACUCCGGCUACCCGGACUGCCGCCCCGCGUUCAUCGAGGCGUUCCAGCGCACCGCCGACCUCGCCACCCGCGCGGGCGUCGAGCACCACGGCCCGCGCAUCGAGACGCCGCUCAUCGAGCUGACCAAGGCGCAGAUCAUCGAAAAUGGCCUCGCCCUGGGUGUCGACUACGCCAUGACGCACUCGUGCUACGACCCGGACCCCACCGGCCGCCCCUGCGAGCACUGCGACGCCUGCGUGCUCCGCAUGCGGGCCUUCGAGUCGCUCGGCAUGACGGUAGUGCGCGUCCAUCGCGAGCCAGCGCACGCACUCGGCCGCCUCCUCCGGCGUGCCGGAGCGACCGACCGGGACGCGCUUGAGGUACGCCUCGCGGGUUUCCUCCUGGUCCUCGUCCCCCUCGUCGGGCCACUCCACGACGCCCGGCGCCACGCCGUUGACGCGGACCUUCGGCGCGAGCUCCCGCGCGAGCGUCCGCACCAUUUCCAGCAGCGCGGCCUUGCUCAUCGAGUAGGCGCUGAAGCCUUUGCGCGGGCGGCCCAUAACGUGGAUGUCCACCAUCGCAACGACCGACGCGCCGUGCGCCAGCACGGAACGAUCCAGAUUGGGGCGGAACGCCUUCGUGAUGAGCAGCGGGGCGAGCGCGUUGAUAUUGAAUUGCGCGAGCGCGAACGCCGGCGUCACCUCACCGAGCGGGCUCGGGGCGUACACCGACGCGUUGUGCACCAGCACGUCGAGCCGCCCGUGCUCGCUCGACAGCUUCCCCGCGAGCCGCGCGACGUUCCCCGGGUCGUCGAGCGGGAGCGAGCUGAUCGUGCACGACCGCCCCAUCGACUCGACCUCGGCCCUGAGGACGUCGCCCGCCCGACGCGCUUCGCGCCGCCGGUCACCAUCGCGAGGGGGGCGGGGUCAGUCACGGCGCGCGUCGCCUUCGUCGUCGAUGGGCUCGGCCCGCUGCCCGGCGACGGACCACGGGCUCUCCACCGGGCCGCGCUCCGGCGCGUUCUUCUCGUCGCGGGCCGCGGAGCGUCGGUGCGCGAUGCGCAGCACCGUGAUCCCGAUCAGCCCGAGCAGCGCGAGCAGGAUGGCCGCGAGCACCGCGAGCAUCACGCGGGCCUUCCCCUCGGCCGGGAGUUCCUCGGCGGGGGCGGCGGUCGAGAGGACGUUGAAGAGGUUUUGCACGAAUCGGGCGAGCGGCGCGUCACCGAUGGUCGAGACAACCAUAUCGUUCAUCGGCCACAGGAUUUCCCCCUCCGCGUUUUCGGACUUCCGGGACGCGGGAACACGACGGCCCGCCCGUCGGUUGACAUUCAGGACGCGUGCCGGCGCGACGGUCUUCAGGACGCCCGGCCAAGCCAUGGAAGGAUGCACUCCGUGCGAUACAUCUCGACGCUGCUCGCCGCCUCGCUCGCUCUCCUCGCCUCCGCCGCGCCGCACGCCGACGCGAACGGGGCCUCCGAGGGGGCGAACAACGCCGUCCUCUGGACGGAGGCGAUCCGGGGCACAAGCCUCGACCCGCUCUCGCUCUUCGAGGCGCAGGAGAUCCCCGAGACCCUCCGCGACGACGUCGACCGCUUCCGCAACAACAUCGCCCAGCGCGAACGCGACCGGGAAGCCCGGAUCGCCGAGGUUCACGACGAGCUCGACGAGCACCUCGAAGCCGGCGAGAUCAAGCUCGCGCUCAACAGCGCGAUCGAGCUCGAGGCCCUCUCGCUCGAUUCGGCGAAGCUCCUCGAGAGCGAGGCCAUCGCCGGCCUCGUCAAGAAGGCCGAGGCCGCCGCGCACGACGCGGAAAACGAGGAACGCUGGCUCGACGCCCACGGGCUCUUCUACCGCCUGAACCUGCUCUACUCGGACUCGGACCGCUACGACGACGACGCGGAGCGCCUCGCGAAGCGCCUCAUCCUGCUCGGGCUCUACACGCCGCGCCGGCUCCACGAGCUGAACAACGCCGCCCGCCUCGCCGAGGGCGAGGACGAGCUCCCCCCCUUCAACGACUCGACGGACGACUGGUCCGAGCGGCUCAAGGGCAUCGAGGACGUCACCAUCCUCCGCGCCAUCCUCCAGGCCGAGAACAAGCACAUCAACCGCACGUCGUUCGCCAAGAUGGCCCACGGCGGGCUCGAGUCCCUCCGCCUGCUCGCGACGACCUCGGACCUCGCCUCCGUCUUCCCGAGCAUCGUCGACGAGCAGAAGCGCGCCGAAUUCAUCGCCUUCAUCGACGAGGCCGAGCGCGAGCUCGACGAGGCCGCCGCCCGGUUCGAUUUCGGCGACACGCGGCGCAUGCUCCGCCAGCUCCGCAGCACCAACCGGCGCACGAUCGACGUGCCGGACAUCGUGCUGCUCCACGAGUUCGGCAACGGCGCGAUCGGCGAGCUCGACGAGUUCUCCUCGCUCGUCUGGCCCUACGAGACCGAGCGCCUGAGCCGAACGACCGAGGGCAACUUCAAGGGCGUCGGCAUCCAGAUCCAGCUCGACGAGCAGCAGCAGCUCAAGGUGGUCGCGCCGCUCUUCGGCACCCCCGCCUACCGAGCCGGCAUCAAGCCGGAUGAUUUCAUCCGAAAGAUCGACGGCGAGUCCACCCAGGGCAUCACCGUCAGCCAGUCCAUCGAACGCAUCACCGGCGAGCAGGGCACGACCGUCACCCUCUCCAUCGAGCGCGAGGGCGUCGAGGGCCUGCUCGACUUCGACAUCGAACGCGACGUCAUUGACAUCCACACCGUCCGCGGCUGGGAACGCUCCGGCCCGGACGAGGAAGACUGGGACUGGUUCAUCGACCCCGAGAGCCACAUCGGCUACAUCCGCCUGAUGGAGUUCGGCAAGGACUCCUCCGCCGAGAUCCUCCGCGCCGUCCAGGACAUGAAGCAGGACGGCCUCGAGGGGCUCAUCCUCGACCUCCGCUACAACCGCGGCGGCCUGCUCGACGAGGCCGUCGAAAUCGUCGGCUUCUGGGAAGAGUCCGCCAUCGUCGUGACGCAGGAAGACGCGGUCGGCGAGGUGCAGGCCAAGCAGCGCACCCGCGGGCGAAUGGGCCUGCUCCAGGACGUGCCCACCGCCGUGCUCAUUUCGGGCGGCUCCGCGUCCGCGUCCGAGAUCGUCGCCGGCGCCCUGCAGGACUACGGCAAGGCCCUCGUCGUCGGCGAGCGCUCCUACGGCAAGGGUUCCGUGCAGGUCGUCUUCUCGCUCGGCGGCGAUUCGCUCUUCCGCCUCACGACGCAGUACUACCGCCUCCCCGGCGGUCGCCUCAUUCACCGCUCCCUCGAUCACGAGGACGGCAGCUGGGGCGUCGAGCCGGACGUGGCCGUCGAGAUCCUGCCCGAGCAGCUGGGCGACGCCCUCACGACCCGCCAGCAGGCGGACAUCGUCGAGUUCGACGCCGACGGCAACGUGAUCGACAACCCCGACCGCCCGCGCCCCGAGGCCCUCAUCACCGAGGGCAUCGACCCGCAGCUCGAAGCGGCGCUGCUCCUUCUGCAGACCAAGGUCACGCCCUUCCGCUCCGAGGUCGUCGAGGCGCCCGCCGAGGUCGUGACGCAGUAA